CACAUCUGAUAGAUAGCGUUCCAAUGCCACCAGGAUAUUUCCGAUGUGAACGAUGAGGUUCUCUGUCGAUGGACAAAGAAAGUAGAGGUAACUUUGACACCUGGAGCUCUAGAAUGGUUUCUGGGGUUGAGUUUCGGUGCAAAGUAAAAGUGCCCACCAUCAAUGACCUACCAACUUUAAAUGAAAUCUCGUCAUCGGAUUUUGAGCACUAAUAAUCUCCGGGGUCAUAGCAAGAAGGUUCUGAAACCGCGAUCUAAUAAACUAAAGGUGGGAUCCCGUUUUUCUCAUCGAGUGGUCAAUGAUUGGAACGCUUUACCAGAACAAGUAGUAUCAGUGAACAUUUUCAAAAAGAAGCUGGAUUUUCACUGGAAGGAAAUCUGUCAGGAUUAACACAGUAUGAUUUUUUACACGAAAAGCAGGUUAUUGCUGAUUAUGAUGAAUAUUUUAAAGCAAAGAAAAAUUUGGAUGAAACACUUUCCACAUCAGUGUGUGGAAUUCCACUAGGUCAGUCAAACCCAUUACAGGAAAACAAUAAACAAGGCAUCGAAUUAUCGCGGAGUUCUCAUUUCUCUAAACCUCAGUCACUUUCUUCAAACAAUUCGUGUCCAGCCUCGGUUAUUGGGACACCUCCACCUGCUGCUAGUCAUCUCGUCUCCGGGAAGAUUUUGGAACCUAGCAUAAUAGAUAGUGGAGCUUCUAGCCAACCAUGUAAAUCAGAGCAGAUGAAGAUUUCGAGUAAUAACCCUGAAUGUUCUAGUUCAGAGUUGAUUCCUAUGAAACCAAACUCUUCUACUAGUUCCACAAUUUGUACAUACUUAAAAGAUUUUGAUAUCCAACCUGACGACCCAUUCACGAUGACUGAACUCAAAACAAUAAAUGAGCUUGAGGAACUUAAGCAAAUUUUAAUGCAUGACUCCAUUUCUAGUUCCUGUCAACUACAAGCUUAUCAUCCGACAACUAAGGAUCUAAUAAGCAAUGAUAAUGAAGUUUCAUCUGUCACCAACUGUUCUAAUGCUCACUUUGUAAAUUCAAAAAAAAAGAGUUACCCUCCUCUUUCUAGUUCAGAAAACAAACACGAUUCUUGCAAAUUUCCAGAAACAGCUAAUUCAUUUCAAAACAAAACUUGUUUCAUAAAUAAUCAUAAAGCUCAAGGAUGUGCACAAGAUGUAGCUAUCUCAAAUGGCCUUCAUAAUUCAUCUGGAUAUGGAAAUGCAUCGACAAAAUCUACAAAAUUGCCUAGGCCAUUUUUAAACUCCUGUGUUCCAUAUAGCAUAAAGUCGAUUGCCUCCACCAAUCAACCUCAAGCCUUCGAUGGUAUCGCUGAACAAACCAGUUUUGUGAAUACUGAAAAAUGUCAAGGCAUGUUUAAAAUCGAUAAUAUCGGCAUAGAAACACCUGUUCCACAUCAUUAUGAGAUAAAACUUUUGGAAAGUUUGUUGUCAUGGGCAACAAAUUGUGGUUUUUCUCAUUCUCAUGCUCGUCGUCUUUUAGAAUUAGGAUUACAGAAAAGAGCCUUUACAUGUCAAAAUCUUGAGCAGAACAAAUUGAUCUUAUUAAAUCUUCUUCAUAUUUUCAACUCACUAUUGACAACUUUCUCAACUAAUCAAAAUCCUCAUAAGCUUAGUGAACAAUCAGCUCUUUUGAUUACAGUUACCUGUUCUAAUGACCUAUUCAAGGCAAAACAACUGGCCCGCCUAGUUAUUCAUCUAGAACAGAGCGGAUUCUCACAAGAUAUGAUCUAUCGUUAUAUACAAAAUCCGCAUUCCAUGGAAAACGAAGAAGUAGCUAAACUUCUUAUUAAUUUAACGCCACCUAACAAUACUGUUUGUCAAGUCGGUCCUAUGAAUUUUCCAUCAUCAAAAUCACUUAGCAUGAAAUCCCCAGAAAAAUGAUUGAGAAGACGAUGGAAAGUAUUCUUUCAUUUUCUGAUGUCCAAUGUUUUCAACGAAAUUUUUCUAAUAUCAAUUGUAUACCGUACUACUGAAGCUGUGAUCAAUAAAGCUUUUCAGAUUAUUCAACAGCCAAACAUUUCGUUUCCUUUCAUAUAAUGUUUGUACUAGUUUAAUAUUAUAUUCCCAUUAUGUUUGCAGAUAAUAAAUAGUAAUGAUGAUAAUAGCAACAGAUAUAAGGAGAACAGCUCAUUUCAAUCAAUUCAUUUUGUCAGUUUGACUUUACCUUCUCUCAGGUUUGUAUUGAGCUCAUAGUAAUAAAGACUAAGAGGCUUUGUGCGUUUACUCAUUUUCUUUAUUACAUGCAUGAAAUCCUUUGUAAUUAACUCAUAACUAAUUACCAGCUGGCAGUUGUUUAAUAUUUUCUGUUUUUAGAUAAUUCGCAGAUGCUUAUUUUCAAAAAUAAACUUGUUCAAACAUUUCCUAAAAUAUCCUUCCCUAACGAAUUUUAUCGAAGCAUUUUUCGUUUGUUUUUGUGAAACAUUUUUUUACUGACAUGUAGAUAGCAU